AUGUUACAAAGAAUUCGUGAAGUCAUCGCUGUUGCGAACAGCGCCACCUCAGACAUCAAUACUAAGAAACAAGCUCUAGAAUAUUUGAAUGAAGUUAAAUCUAACCAGAAUUCUGCUCAGAUAUUUGCAUCUUUAUUGACGGAUGCUCAAUCAGAUGAUCUUACAAAAUUUGUUUCAUUACAAGUACUCAGUGAUAUUGCAUCACAGUACAAUACUGGCGAUAUCACAACACAGGCCUUCAUAAAAAAUGCCAUACUAGAUUCUCUUCGAGAUAAAAUCUCUAAUAAUGUGAGAGAUCCAGAGUAUGUUAGAAAUAAGAUUGCUGAAUUGAUAACAAGAUUGUUUUACUCCAUGUACGGAGAGGUUAAUUCCAAUCAGUGGAGCGAUUUUUUUGAUGAUAUUAUUACCAUACUCUCCAUUGAACAAUUGACAAAGUCACCUUCAACUUUGAAUGAAUUUUCAUUACUUGGUAUAGAUUACUUUAAUAGAAUUUGUGGUUUCAUAAAUUCAGAAAUUGCCGAUCAAACUUUUGUAAGAUCAAAGGAUAUUCAAAUGAGAAACAAUAAUUUAAAAGAUACAAUGAGAAUCAGUGCUACGAAUAUUCUGGUCACUAUCUGGUUAAAUACUUUAAAGAGCUUGAUACCGCACCAAGAAAAUCAAUUUUGUAAUGAAGUCUCCAUCCUGACUCUCUCAUGUAUUGGUUCAUUCAUAUCUUGGAUUGAUGUUAAUUUAAUCAUAACUGAGGAUUAUAUCUCUGUAGUUUACAACUAUUUGGACUUUCCACAAACUAAAAUGGCAUGUGCUCAAUGUUUAUGUGAAAUUAUAUCUAAAAAAAUGAAACCAAUCGAUAAAUUGACUCUAUUGGGUAUGCUCAACUUAACAGACAAAGUAGCAUCAAUUGAUCACGACAACAUUGAAGUCCAAGAACAAUUAGCAAAGUUAGCUUCGUCAGUUGGUUUAGAAUUAUCUAUUAUCCUCGAACAAUGUAAUGAACAAAAUGGUGAUAGUAGUAUAGAGGUCCAGCAAGUAGCGAAUGCUGCUGAUCAGCAAAUCAUAGGUCAGGUAGCCCCAUUGGUAUUAAGAUUCAUGUCUCAUGAAUAUGAUUCUGUGACCCAACAAUGCUUUCCAUUCAUUACACAAUAUUUGAGUAUUUUAAAGAAGUUAUUUGCUCUUGGUGGCAAACCAGGUUCCGCAGUAGCACUCAAUUCCAAAAGACAACCUUUGGAUAACUUGCAUUCCGAAUUUUUAACGUCAUUGUUGAAUGUUUGUUUCAAGAAAAUGAGAGUUGAUGAAUCAUGUGAUGAUAGUAGCGAUUCACAGGACGAUAUCGAUGAAUUCAAUGAUACCAUAAGAUCAAAGUUAAAGACAUUUCAGGACAGUAUUGCCGUUAUUAAUCCCCAACUUUAUCUAGAGAAUCUUUCUAAUCAAAUUCAAACCUUAUUAAGCACUUCUACUGAUUGGAGAGAUCUUGAACUAGCCAUUUACCAAAUGCAUGGUCUCUGUGAAAGUAUCAGAAACAAUUUAUUCGGUCUAAACAAAACUGAAAUUGCACAUUCUCAACCAACCAUGGUUGCUAACAAAUUUAUGAACACUUUAUUAUCAAAUACCUCAAUUCUAGACAUGGAUAAUUCUUUAAUCCAAAUAUCUUUUUUCGAAUUAAUUGUCAGGCACUAUAAAUUCUUACAAAAUAACGAAAAAAAUGAGUUUGCCAUAUUGAAUAUUUUUUGCAGCCAAGCAGGGAUAUUCAACAAGAAGGAGAAAGCACGGUUGAGAACAUGGUAUUUAUUCACAAGAUUUAUCAAGACUUUGAAGCCUAAGUUUACCAUUCCAAUUCUAAAACAGAUAAUAUCGAAGAUUGCACCCUUAUUAGUAGUCAAAGUUGGAGCUAUAAAUCCAAAUGGUUCUGAGAUUGAUACAACUUUUGAUAAUCAAAUGUAUAUUUUUGAAGGCGUUGGUUAUUUAAUCGGAGCCAAUUCCGACUCUAAUUAUGAUAUCUUGGAAGAUAUAUUAAAUCCUCUAUUCACUGAUUUGGAGCAAUGUAUUUCUUCCCAAGUUCAGACACCGGAAGUUGUCCUUCAGUGCCACCACAUUUUAAUGUCAAUUGGUACAUUGGCAAGAGGUAUUCAUGGAGGGUUGGUACCAGAAAACCAAGUCAAUAAUGCUCUCGUUAGUGAGAAACUAAUCCAACCAUCUUUAAUCAAGAAAUUUUCAAAUAUUGCAGAAGUAGUUCUUGUAACUUUCUCGUAUUUUAAUAAAUUUGAAAGCAUAAGAGAUGCCUCGAGAUUUACAUUUUCGAGGUUGAUUCCAAUUUUAAAUAACUCAAUCGUCCCAUUUGCCAACAAAUUGAUCGCUUUGUUCCUCGAAUCAGAUUUAUCCAUGCUCGAGAUGAAUGAUUUCCUGGGUUUCCUCGGACAAAUGGUUCAUACUUUCCAUAAGGAUGAAGGCUGCUACCAGUUAUUUAAUACUCUAAUAACACCCGUGAUAAACAAAGUUCAUUCGGUACUGGAUAUGAUAGAUCAAGAGGAAAUGGCCAGUCAUGCCAAUGGUAUUACAAAUAAGGAUCAUCAAGCUACUAACAGAAACAUUAUAGUUACGGAUACAUUUAGAGACAAGGUAUUACUCAAAAAGGCAUAUUUCGCAUUUUUGCAGGCAUUUGUUACAAAUUCAGUGACGUCACUGUUGCUAAAUGAAAGUAAUGGCAGUGCUUUGCAAAUAGUUUUGUCUGACUUACUGAAUUUUACACCUGAAGAAGUGCAGGAAACAUCUACUAUGAAAAUAGCAUUGAAUGUACUUGUAAAUUUCGUUAGAUACUUUGGUUCUGGUUUAUGUACAGAUCCAAACGAUGCAUAUGCAGGUAGCAUACAAAAAGUUGAGGGAUUAAACGAGUUUUUCAUCAGCAAGAUAGUUUCAUUAGCAUUCGAAAUUCCCUUCAAGCCUGAAUAUAAAUUUAACAUAAAAGAAGGUACAUAUAGAGUUGUAGCGUGUGAUUUGUCUAGAUUGUUGAAGGAAAUAUAUAUUCAAAGCGGUGCGGGCUCAGAUCCCAAUACUAAUCCAGCAUUAAAGUAUUUGUCCGAGAUUUAUUUGCCUCAGAUCCAAUUCCCAAAUCAACUAACCAUGGAGUUAUUAGAAGCAUUAGUAACUGCUGAUCAAAAGCAAUUUGAAAAGUAUUAUGUUGCCCUGAUUGAUAGACUUAUGUCAUAA